AUGCCGGAAACUAGUUCGAGCAACAACACAGCAGCUGGUGGAUCACCAAUAACUUUACUGCCAACACAACCCAUUGCAGAUUUUGUCCCAAAUGUCGAUAAGUGGCAAUUGUGGCAUGAAAGAGCACUCACAAAAACGGAAAUUAAUUAUAGUACGUUAGAGAAAGAAGCCCUCGCGAUCAUAUUUUGUGUGACAAAGUUGCGUCAAUAUUUAUUGGGCAACUACUUUACUUUGAAAACAGACCAUAAGCCGUUGUUAACUAUUUUUGGCGAAUACAAAGGUCUGCCACUGAUGGCUUCUGCUCGUUUGCAGCGCUGGGCCUUAAUCCUUUCUGGAUUCAACUAUUCCGUAGAACAUGUUAAGGGAACAUUGAAUGAUGCGGAUAAUUUAUCUAGAAUGCCACAAGUACCGCUAGUUGAAGACUAUGUCGAAUGUAAUUACAUUAAUUUGAUUGAAAAGGAGAAUGUGUUUGAUUUUAAUUUUAAGAAAAUUGCUAAGGAGACAAGACGUGACCCCAUAUUGUCGAAAGUUGCUAGCGCUAUUAACAUGGGCACGGUACAUCAAUUAAAAGGUGAUGAAUUUAAACCUUACCGGGAUAAGGGAGAUGAAUUGUCGGUCGAAUAUGACUGUGUACUUUGGGGAUAUCGCUCAGUAGUUCCCGCGAAGUUGCGAAAAUCAAUAUUAGAGAGCUUGCAUAAUUCUCAUUUUGGUAUCGUCAAGACUAAAGCCUUGGCUCGUUCUUAUAUUUGGUGGCCGGCAAUCGAUAAGGAUAUAGAAAUUCUUAUCAAAAAUUGUAGACCAUGUCAAGAACUACUACCGAGUCCUGAAAAAAGUGUUUUAAUACCUUGGAGUCCAACAGAAUCUGUUUGGAGUCGUCUUCAUAUUGACUUUGCAGGACCUAUUAAGAAUAAGUAUUUGUUGAUUGUGAUUGAUUCAUUAUCGAAAUGGGUUGAAGUCUACAUAACUAAUGAGAUAACAUCGCGUUUUACAGUCAAUAAGCUCAGAGAAUUGUUUAGUAGAUUUGGUUUAGUUAAUACCAUUGUAAGUGAUAAUGGACGUCAGUUUGUUUCACAUGAAUUUAAAACUUUUUUGAAAAUGAAUAAUAUUAAGCACAUUUUGACAGCUCCUGGACAUCCGUCCACUAAUGGUCAAGCGGAGAAUAUUUUUUUAAUUGAUUACCGCAAUACUCCACAUUGCUCAACUGGCGAAUCGCCAGCAAAACUUCUUCUUGGUCGCUCACUUAAAACUCGUUUCGAUAUUUUAAGACCUCCUUUGGUGAAGGAGAAAAUAAAGGAGUGUCAAGAAAAAAGUGUCCUUCUUCACAAAGGAAAGCGUAGUUUUCAAUUUUCUGAAGGUGAAAAAGUUUUGAUCAGAAAUUAUAAAGAUUGCAAUAAACCAAGCUGGUCACCAGCUACAGUUAAACAAAAAUUGGGAGAACAAAAUUAUUUGUGUAUUAUGUCAGACAACAACCGGGAAAUAAAAAGACAUUUAGAUCAAAUCCGUAGUUUGGACGAAAAUGAUCCACAAUACACCAAUAAUUUUGAUAAUUCUAAACGAGAGAAUGUGUUGUCUGAAACAAACAACGAAAACAACAAUGAUGCAAGUCUUCCACCAAUUAAUGUCAAAAAUGAGAAUGGAGAGGUAGUGUGUGAAGAUACAUCAAAUAGAAACUUAAGACCUAGAAGAGAUGGUAAGGUAGUUAAAUCAAGUUUAGCAUUUUCAGAUGUUGAAAAAUAA